AUGUCAAAGUCCCUCCUCGAACCCAAGUCAAACUACGGCGAUUGGAGAGACUUCUUCUUUGAACAUGGCUACGCCAUCCUUAAGAACGCUAUUACUCCUGAGCGAGCUGAGUAUUACAAACAGAAGCAGCUCGACUGGCUCAAAUCCUUCAACCGCGGGUUUGACCCCGAAAACGAGGACACGUGGACCUCAGAGCACCUCCCAGUCUCCUUCAAGGGAGGCAUGUAUGGCUCGUACUGCGCCCCACAUGAGCGAUUUGCAUGGGAGGCGAGAAUGGAGCCGGGUGUUUUGAACCCGUUUGUCCAUAUCUGGGAAACCGAGGAGCUGUUAGUAAGCUUCGAUAUGUUCAACAUCACUCUUCCCCGCCAGAAGGACUUGAAGUGGUCCCCAUGGCCGCAUUGUGACCAAGACCCAAAACGCAAGGGGCUCCAAUGCAUUCAAGGGCUCCUCAACUUUGCCCCUAAUGGAGACAAGGAUGGCGGCCUGAUCCUCAUGGAUGGUUCCUCUAAGCUUUACGACCAAUUCUUUCAAGAAACUCGCGUCAUGGAUAACCAUGAAGACGCUCCGCCGCCAGAGGAGAACUACCGCGACCUGUUUAUCUUCAAGGAGGAGGAUGUCAAGUGGUUCGAGGACCGUGGCUGCAGUCUUAUUAAGCCGAAUCUGGAGCCUGGUGAUCUAGUUCUGUGGGAUUCUAGAACUAUGCACUUUGCUAAACAUCCAGAGGGCACUCAGAUCCGCCACGCUCAAUAUGUCUGCUUCACUCCGGCCAAAUAUGCAGACCCCCAAAGUCUGAAGGAAAAGGCUGAUAUUUUCCGAGCUUGGGGCGGCACUACCCACUGGCCUCAUACUAACAUUCACCCACAAGGAAAGGCCAAGAGGAAUGGUGUGGUUGACCCCCAAGAACGCGAAGAGCCGUUGGAGAAGCCAGUGAUUACGGAUAGGUUGUUGCAGUUGGCUGCAGUCAAAGCAUACUGA